GGCACUGUGGUUCCCAUCAAGCAACAGAGGCCCUCUUGGAAACUCACCUUUUCUCGUUAUCACAAUAACCCGGAAAAGAUUAUAUGCGACUGCUGCGUUUGUACUGGUGUUAUCAUUAUUUACAAGCCGAUAUUGAAAUUGUUUCUUUUCGUUCUUCAGCCUUGUUAGUAUAUAAAGUUUGGUGGGGACAUGGCGGGGACAGCGCUGAAACGGCUCAUGGCGGAAUAUAAACAAUUGACAUUGAAUCCACCGGAGGGGAUUGUGGCAGGCCCUGUCAGUGAAGAGAAUUUCUUUGAAUGGGAGGCUUUUAUCAUGGGCCCGGAAGAUACCUGUUUCGAAGGAGGUGUUUUUCCAACAAUCCUGAGUUUUCCUUCGGACUACCCUCUUAGCCCUCCAAAGAUGAGAUUUACCUGUGAAAUGUUCCACCCGAACAUCUACCCAGACGGUCGAGUGUGUAUUUCCAUCCUUCAUGCCCCAGGUGAUGACCCGAUGGGAUACGAGAGCAGUGCUGAGAGAUGGAGUCCCGUUCAGAGUGUUGAGAAGAUACUCUUGUCAGUGGUCAGCAUGCUGGCAGAGCCAAACGAUGAGAGUGGUGCCAACGUGGAUGCGUCAAAGAUGUGGCGUGAAGAAAGAGACCAGUUUUUCAAAAUAGCUGAACAGAUUGUGAAGAAAUCCCUGGGACUUUAAUACCAGCGCGAGCAUCUUAACAUCAUAAUGGACCUCUCCUUCUUUUCUAUGUAAAGAGAAUAGUUUGGAGACUCGAAAUACAUAGCUGAGAACAGAAUCUCUCUUGCACUCUCUACUGAUAUCAUGCCACUAUUUCUUUUAAGUCUAGGACCUUUGCUCUGGUUACUACCAAUAGGGUCCACUUGUGAGAGUACGUACGCACAAUGUUAAUCCUCUGUAGAAUCAGGAAUCAUUAGUUAAUUCAACUUUUGUUAUUUUUUCUUACUGGUUAUUUCUGUUAACAGAUCUAUCGAUACCAAGAUUCCAAAGUGAAUCACCCCUAUUGUGAUAACUGUUGAGAUAUAUAGAUUUGUUUUAAUUUUAGGUCAAUUACUACGUGGUUAUCCAUAUUGUGGUGUUUCUCUACUGACGGCUCCAAUUUUUGUAUUGAAAGGGCACAUACAGCAUAAUUAGAGCAGGAUGAGACAAACUGCAUCUGCAGUGGAAAUGGUAUUUUUUGCAUGUAAAACAAGAACACAUAGCCCAUUUUGUUGUACAAAGCACCUCUUAGUAUUGCCUACAGUAUAUCUGACUGAUAAAUUACCUAUGUUUCUAUUGCAGUGAGUGCUGUGUGUAAGUUUAAUGACGCAAUGGUGGAUCCUUAUUCUAAAAUUAUAUAUAGUCCUCCAACUAGUGUUGUAUAAAGCAUUACAGGAAAAGAGACUGAAGUUUUUGUUUUAUAUACAUGGAUAACUUUCAAUUUAGAAAGUGUUUCUGUUAAUUGUGAAGUGCAAUCAGCCGUUUUUGUUUAUUUACAUAAAAGGUAUUGGGUUAUUUUUUUGCAUCAGACUAAAAGAACAAUCUUCCAAAUUGUUAAAAAUGAGCCAGAUUUUAAACUUUAUUUAAAUUGAAUAAUACUAAAUAUAGUAAUUGUAGUUUGACUUUAAAACAGAAAUAUAUCUUUCCUGAUUUCUGAAAGUUUUGGGGAUAAAAUUGAAUAAGAAGUAUGUUUAUCUCCUUGAUCCAGUUAUUAAUAUUGUAUGACACCACUAAUAGGAGAUCAUAGCCCAAAUCAUGUGUGGCAGUCCAAAUUUGAGGUCAGCUGUGUCUUACCACAAAAAUUGUGUGUUUGUGUGGUUUGGAACUUUUUGAUAUUAAUGUUAUGACCAAAGUUAUGGCUGCUGUGAAAACUGUUUGAGACGAUUUUAUGAAUAUCCUUUUGGAGGUCAUUGGUUCCUUCCCUUGUUGGGGUUAUCUUCAGUGUAAAUUUCAAACUGGGACAGACGCUUCCUGGUUUGGGGGUUGAUAGACCGUAUUCUGGAAGCAAAAGUUUAGGGCAACUAGUAAGUUGCUCUUGUGUUUGAGAAGAUGGGCACUGCCAGCAGAUACUGUGUGGCAAAAGAAAUACACGUGACAUUAAUUGCAGUUUUGCUUUGCUUUAGGGAGCAAAAUUGAACCCAAACCCAGUGGUAGUGCCCUGUCCAUGCAUGUCUUAUUAAUAUGAUUUGGAUUAAUUAGUAUUUUUGUUUAGAAUUACAAAUAUACUUUCAGAUUUCUCUGGCCAAUAUUUAUUGUUGUGCUUUUUCUUAACGUUUUAGUGUCACUUGCUUACAAAUAAGUGGUUGUUUUUUAUGGUGUUUAAACAAUACAUGCAUUUUAGUUCUGUAGAAAUAUUCUAGUAAAUUUAUGAACAUAAAAAUAAAUCAAAAUGAGGUUUUCUGUCAUUUAUGGCAAUGAUUCAUUUAGUAAUCCGAAACAGUUGUGUAGUAUCGAUGGAGAAGAAAAUACCAGGUGGAUGGAAACCUACGUCACUUAAUAGCUCACUAUACCGACCAUUUAAAGGGUUAUCAGCGGACUUUGGUUUAAAAAAGCAUUAAGUGGUAUAACAUACUUACCAAAAAACUCCCUAUCUUUAAUGGUGCUGGCUUACCAAUUUUCAGCCAGUUUCUUUAAACUGUAGCCCACAUCAUUCAUAUGUUAAAUUGCUACCAUGUUAGGCAAAUUGUGGAUUGUUAAUCCAUCACCUAUUUGCAGAAACAUUUUAGAAUGAGAAUUUAAAGUGGGAAACACUACACACUUAACAGCAUAUUGAUGCCCAACUUCUCAGGUCUUGUUUUUGUCCUGUCAUUUCAGUCCUGUCGGCUUAGGCUGCUCUACAAUCAUUUCUCAUACCAAGAUUCGUGUAGCUAAUAGAGUGGUUUAACAGCUGGUACAUAUUAUACAUAUGCUUCAUUUUCUCAGCAGUUGAUUUAAUUUUGAUAUAGACGGAAAGCAAAUGUUGUUGUGUAGGUUAUUGUUUGCGAUCGAACCCGGACCACUUCCAGGAAUAGAGUUGGGUCAGUGCAAAUUCAGUUAGUUUGGAUAUUUCAUGUAUUCACAUACAGCUAUACAAGUUUAAAAAAAAAAAAAAUUGAUUCAUGCCAAUUGCUAGAUUAAAAACCAUUAU